CCCCGAUCCAUGGAAAUCAACAAAAUAAUUAAUGCGAUUCGUCACAAUCCGCGUAUCGGCGGCCAUUUGUGCGCCCAUUACCGGUUUGCCGUCGAUAAGGUUUACUGCCAAGCGACAUGACGGUGACGGCGUGUGGGGAGCUGGAACGGGUGCGGGCGCAGGCAGGCUGGGAUCGGAGGCUGUGAACUUGAUGCUGCUGCAGGGCGAGGGUCGGGAGCGCGGGCCCGCCAUGGAGGAGGAGUGCUCCGCGCGGCCCUGCGCCACUGACUUCUCCAUCGCCGCUAUCAUGGCCCGUGACCGCCAGGAGAGGCGAGAACGGCGGAGGCAUAGAGACCCAAGAGAAGAUACUCUAACACCUUUAGAAAAAUUCGUCGACGCGGCAGCGUCAGCAUCAGGAUCCCCUUCGCCGCCUUUAGCAGAAUAUGAGCGAGAUUCUCCGGUAGAUGUCUCGUCAACGUCGGAAGCUGGCUCAGCUAGUGGUGCGGCUGGUGGCUCGAGAGCUCUCUCCCCUCUCCCGCGUAAUCCUCAACUAGUGGAACGCUGGUCCAGUGAAGACAUGAAACACAUACAGUGUCACUUAGAAACUAAAGAACUAUGGGACAAGUUUAAUGAACUCGGAACUGAAAUGAUCAUAACCAAGACUGGAAGGCGCAUGUUCCCGACGGUGCGAGUAUCGUUCGCGGGGUGCCGAGCGGAAGCGCGGUAUGCGGUGCUACUUGACGUGGUCCCGGUGGAUGGCAAGCGCUAUCGCUACGCAUACCACCGCUCUUCGUGGCUGGUAGCGGGCAAAGCCGACCCGCCUGCGCCAGCGCGCCUAUAUCCGCACCCCGACUCGCCGUUUUCUGGCGAUCAACUACGCAAGCAGGUCGUCUCCUUUGAGAAAGUCAAGCUCACAAACAACGAGAUGGAUAAAAAUGGACAGUUGGUGCUAAAUUCAAUGCAUAAGUAUCAACCCCGGAUACAUCUGGUACUGCGACGAGAAGGGGCAAUCAAUGCACCUAUUACUGACUUGGAGCAAGAAGAAUUCAAAACGUUCAUAUUUCCCGAAUGCGUAUUCACUGCAGUCACGGCAUACCAGAACCAAUUGAUUACGAAGUUGAAAAUCGACAGUAAUCCAUUUGCCAAAGGGUUCCGUGAUUCUUCGCGUCUCACCGAAUUCGAAAGAUUCUAUAUCACGGGGGAGCAUGAUAGAACAACCGUCUUUCCCGAUGACGCGCGCUUCAGCGCUGCCAAUCAUAGGGAAACAAUGGAGUCAAUGCUCGCUGAGCAACAUUACCUGCGGUCACCGUUGCGGCCGUUCGAUUUGGACCAACACAACAACAACUUGACACUUGAAGAAAAAGCCAUACUCGCCGCGCGUUCGCAGCUAUUUUUGCGGGCUGCGUAUCCUUUGUAUGGAGUCCCAGCUGCCGCUUUGUGGGGGCAAUGGGCUUGCUUAGCACCGCAAUUGCUGGCACAGCAACAUCUCGCGGCGUCGGCGUCGGGGUCAGGACUUCAACUGCCCCGGCCUGUGUACCCGGGCGGCAUGCCAGCAGGCGCUGCUGCGGCCGGCGCGCUGGCGCAGCACCGGUUCUCACCGUACCCGCCACGGCGCUCCUCGCCUGGUUCCUCUCCGGACUCACUCCGUGAUGCUAGCCCGCACCCGGUGCCUCUGCCCCCACACCCUCCGCAUACACCCCACCCGCCUCACAGCCCGACUUAGUGAUAAAACAGCAAAUAAAAACCUCCCCGAGAUCUCUGUAUAUGCGAUAUAAGAUUCUGUAUAUGGAAUAUUUUGCGAGAAAAUAUAAAAAGAAGAUUUGAAGUGCGUGAAUACCGAGACGACUAUUGCGAUGAUGGAGCAGUAUCGUUGAUUUUAGUAAAGAGGACUGUAAUUUGUUUUCUGAAAUGAAAUGGUUAACCGACAGACGAUUACUUUGUAUCUGACAGAAAAUUAUACCUUUUUGGGCUUUGACCGUGGAAACACAUAGUAUAAUUUGUCUAGACUCGACAAUACUACGCCUGUCUUGUAAAAUAUUGUAUAGUAAUAUAGUAUAAAAUAUAAUUUAAACUUGUAAUUUAAUUGUUAUAUGUUCCUAAUAGUUUUUGUCUCGUAGUGAUGGUUUACACUAAAUCCAUGUUGUAGUUCUAGUAAUGUAGAAUAUUAUACACUGGCCUCAAAAGUCUAAGUAUCAAAAUUUUAUUUCGUAGCUAUUAUAAACACUGUCAGAGUACGUUGAGUUUUACCAUUUUGGUCGCACCUGAUUUCUGUGUAAUUAGGUAUGUGUGCAAUACAUCAGAAAAGCAUAAAUUGUUUUAUAGAACGUAGGGUAUUAUUAAGAAUAGAGCAUUAAUUGUAGAAAUUAUAUUAAUUGCUGUCUGUGUUUCCAUAAAUUCCAACACGUGUAAGUUUAAAGUGGACACGUU